AUCGCCGAUUAGAGGAUAAAUUGGCAUUUUGAUUUUCAUCUAAGCUUUCAGUUUAAUUGAUGUUUAUUCACAUCCCAUAAAGAAGAUGACAUCAAGCAGUAAUGAAUCCAAGACAGGCUGCAAAAGUGAAGAAAUAUAUCACAAAAGACAAUAGAGACAAGUUUAAGUAUUACAUGAAGAAACAUAGACUUUCUAAGACUGCAAUAUGGAGUGAGUUAGGCCCAGGAUGGACUGUGUUGCAUUAUGCAUGCAGCCAAGGAGCAGAAUGUAUUAUGAGGUAUAUGUUAAAGCAUGAAGCUGACUGUAUGUUGGCUGAUCUCCAUGGUAACUUGCCCAUACAUAUAGCCUGUCAAUAUGCAAGGACUACCUCUCAGAAUAGACAUGUGUACACAGAUCUUCUCCUACCUCUGAUCCAGAAAUGUCCCAAAUGUCUUGAUGUUACUAACUCUGCAGGGAGAAGUGCCAGAGAAAUACUACAGCAAGUCAAACACAAUCUCCAAGCAGCUUACUAUGAUGACUCGUCAAGUUCAUCAAGUGUAGAAUCAACAUCAGAAUCAUUAAGAGAUAAUGUUGAUCCUCCAGAUGAUGUGGAUCACAAUGGCUCUUGGAGUGAGAAACUAGGGGCAGCUAUGGAAGAUGAGUACUAUGAGGAACAGGGCAUGUAUGAGCCAGAUUAUUCAAGGGAGGACAAUCAACCAGAAACAUAUGAUGACUGGGCAGAAAAUAUGAAAAGAGAGUUCUACAAUAAACAUAAAUAUCAACAACCCCAUUAUUUCACCAAACCGCACACAAAUAAAAAACAAAAAUUGAAUGAGGAAAAAGAGAAGCGAAAAUUUACGCAAAAGUUACAAACUGAACAUGAGGAAUAUAAAAAGAGACUCCACAGACAUAAAUUGAAAGAUAAAAAACAGGAAUAUGAAGCGAACUGUUGCAGUUUUUUCACAAACAUCGAUCUCAAAGACAUAACAUUUAAGGAUAUACCCUGGCCAGGAGAUGUAAAAACUCUUAGCGAAUUUUUGUCAUGUGAUUUUGACAAAUCAAAAGAUAACAACAAACUGAAAAAAUAUUUCCGUGAACAGCAGAUUCGUUGGCAUCCGGAUAAAUUUUCUCAAAAAGUUGGAGGAAGAUUAAAAGAAAGUGAUCGGGAAAGAAUAAUGGAGCAUGUAAAGGAAAUAUCUCAGGCAUUAAAUGUUUUGCUGAAAGAAUGA